AUGACAAUGAAAGAGAUUUCAAUUUCAAAAAGAAACUGUAUUUCCACUCUUCUUGAAGAAGGUUAUUCCAGCUGUACUAUUGCUUUUCAUGAGAAAGCCAGGCUGCCCCAAAAUACUUACCACCCACCACAAAAGAAGAAUAGCAUGGAAUUUAGGUUGGACAUAUGCUUGACUGCCAUCAUAGCCCAAAAAAAACUAACAUCUGAUGAAGAUGAAGCAAAGUUUAAGAUUUUUAAUUCAGAUGGAAGAGAGUGGUGUUGGAAAGACCUGAAUUCACCAUUGUUACCACAACAUGUAAAGCUAACAGUGAAAUAUUGUGGUGG